AUGCGAAAAUCGGCACGACAAGGAGCACGCCAAAGACGGGAGAAAGACGAGGACGGAGCGGCGGCAGCAGGCGACGGCAACGCAGAACAAGACGACGAUGACGAUGACGACGACGACGACGACGACGAUUCUACUGCUGCUGCUGCUGAUGCUGAUGAUGAUGAUGAUGAUGAUGAUGACUACACUGUCAACGAUGGCCUUGUCUUGUUGAGUGUGUGUGUGUGA